ACUUAGAGACAUAAUAUAAUGCAAUUGGCAGUUGAUAUUGGUUCUGGUAAGCUUACACCCAAACUAAGAGAGAAGAAAACAGCUCACAAUUACAUUACAUACAUAGAGAGAAAGAGAGAGAAGAAUGGCCUGUGUAGCUGUGAUUUCUCUUAUGAGGACAAUAGAGCUUGAAUUCUUGCAACCUCAACCUCGUCCAAUCCUACAACAAAAGGAGCUUAUCCCUUGCAACAAAGUGUUGAUCCAAUCUCUCCAUGAAAAGCUUGGUUUUCUGAUAGAGUUAUUCGAUGAGAACAGAAUGGAUGGAAUUCAAGCAAUUAAAGACUUGGAAACAAAACUUAGAGAUGUGGCUUUCAGAGUAGAAUAUGAAAUCGAAUUCCAAAUCGCAAAACUCUAUGAGGAGGAAGAGGAAAUUGGAAUAGCAGAUCUUUUUGUGGAAGCAAAAGGAACUCUUGAUCUGGGGGAUAUAGAAGCAGAAGAUGAAGAAUUUAGAGUUGCAGAUCUUUCUGUGGAAAACCCACAAGGGGAAGGGGAAAAAUCUUGGCCUUCAUGCAAACUUCGUCGUAUUUUAGAACAAGCAAUAGAAGACAUUGAUGCCAUCAAGGAAGAGUUGGCGAAAGUCAAGCAUGUCAUAGCCUUGCAAAGAAGGGAAAUAACACUUGAUGCUUUUACUAAAUGUGACGAAGAAGUUAUCAUGCUAGGGAAUUCUUCCGAACAUGCUUCACACUAUGAGGAGAUUAUGGUGGGGAAGAACAAUGAGUUCGAGAUUGUAAAGAAGAUGUUAAUUGAGCAUUCAUCAAGGCAACGAGAAAUUGUCUCGAUUAUAGGUAUGGGAGGCAUUGGCAAGACAACAUUGGCUAAGAGAGUUUAUGAAGAUCAGUCAAUUGUAUCCUAUUUUGAAAAGCGAGCUUGGGUUGUUGCAUCCCAACAUCAUAAUAAGAGACAAAUGCUCACGGGUCUUUUUAAAUCAAUGGGCUAUGGCUAUGCAAAUAGUGGCACUGAAGAGGAGUUGGCAGAACAACUAUAUCGAUAUUUGCUACAUCAAAGGUAUUUUGUUGUGAUAGAUGACAUUUGGAGUGACGAGGCGUGGAAUGUUGUCAAAGCUUGCUUUCCAGAUAAUAGCAAUCAUAGUCGAGUAUUGUUAACUACUCGCUUUGCAAAUGUGCCUACUCGUAUUGGCUCUAGUAAUGACUUUUCUCAUCAAAUGCAAUUGUUAGAUGAAAGUGAGAGUUGGAAUUUAUUUCAUGAAAAGACAUGCAAAUCUUGCAGUGUUGAAUUUGAGGCAAUUGUAAGACGAGUUGUUGAGAAAUGCAAAGGACUGGCUUUGGCAAUUGUUGUGGCUGCAGGUUUAUUUUCCAAACUCAACACACUAGAUGAGUGGAAGAAUAUUGCUAAAACUCUAAAUUCAUUUGCAACAACAAGCAUUGAUGAAGAAUGCUCAAGGAUUCUCUCAUCAAGUUACAAUCACUUGCCUUACAAAUUGAAGGCUUGUUUUUUAUAUUUGGGCAUUUUUCCAGAAGAUGAAGAAAUCCAUGUUAAAGAUUUGAAAAAGUUAUGGGCUGCUGAAGGACUCAUAAAGGAAUUUGAUGAGAGUAUGAGCUUUGAUGCAAUUGUUGAAAAGCACAUUCAAGAACUCAAGGUUAGAAACUUAAUUCUUGUAAGCCAGGCAAGUAGUUCAUGUGGAGGAAAAAUAAAGGCAUUUAGAAUGCAUGAUUUAUUGCAUUCUUUUUGUGUGAGGGAAGCUAAAAAGGACAACCUUCUCCAUGUUGUCUAUGAAAAUGGUUGCAGUUCCCCUCCAAAAGAUUUUCGUUGGGUAAGCAUCCAAUCAAACAACUUAAGCAGACAUACAUCAUAUUCUAUUUUUAGAAACUGCAGAUCCAUCUUCUGUUUCUCACCAAUAGGCACAUGUUUGAAUUUGAAAUUUUGCAGUUUAUUAAGAGUACUCUAUAAUAUUGAGUGCAAUAUUGGGAAUCUUGUCCAUUUGAGAUGUCUAUUUUCAAAUGGUUCACAUAAAAACAUGUUAAAACCCUUCCCCGCAUGGAAUCUUCAAAUAUUUUCUUCCAAUAGGAGGUUUGAUGAAAUUGGCAUUUCAGAGUUUCCACAACUACAACAUUUCAACUGUUCCUAUAUUCCUGGUGAUUUUCCCAUAUUUUUUCAUCAAAACUUGAAGAGCAUUUGUGGGAUUGGGCCUGAUCAAUGCACAAGAGAAUUAUUUGUUAAUAUUCCACAUGUGAAGAAGGUAAAGGUUAGACUUUUAAGACAAGCUUCGAAUGAUUACAUAAAAAACCUUGCCUAUUUACACCAACUUGAGAGUUUGCAUCUUUAUGGUACUUACUUCUCUUCGGGGGAUUAUUAUGUGAUGAAUCCAAAUAAUCAUAUUGGUCGCUUGGAAAAUCUUAAGAAGUUGGUCUUUUGUGAUAUUACGUUUCGGUGGAGGGCAGUUAAUAGUCUUAGCAAGUUGCCUAAACUUGAGGUGCUAAAGCUAUUAAGGUGUUCUCCCAUUGGUGAAGCAGAGUGGAAACUAUCCAAGAAGGAGAAAUUUGAGCAAUUAAUUUAUUUGAAAAUUGAUGCAAUUAAUCUGAAAUGUUGGGAAGCCAGUGCUUAUCACUUUCCGAAGCUUGAGUGCCUAAUCCUUUCUCAGUGCGAAAAAUUGGAAGAAAUCCCAGCCAAAUUUGCAGAAAUUUCAAAUUUGAAGUCUAUCAAAUUGAUUCGUUGUCUUCCUUCUGCGGUGGCUUCAGCAAAUCAAAUUUUGAAAGAGCAACAUGAGCAAGGAAACGAUGAUAUGAUUGUCAUUGAGGAAUAUACAAGACAGCCUGACUACUCACUCUAAAGUCUCUAAUAAAGAUGAAGCGGAUGAAGAUGAGUUUGAUUUCCCCUGCUCCUCUUCCUCCACCGUCUUCCCCGCCUCCGCUCUCCGAUCCCCUUCCCUUGCAGCCGCCGCCUUCUCUUCUUUCUCCUCCUUUGUGGUUAGGGUUAGGAAAAUGUGAAAGUCGCCAACCGCCGGACGAUUCUCUGGAUGGGAUGGGAUUUCAAGGACUUCAAUUCACUGACUCCUCUAGUUUCGCUCCCGAUAUUGGAGUUGGGCGGUUUAGAAGACGGGGAGGUGUUCCUGUUUCCGGAGGAUUUGGCGGUGGGCGAUGAUUACUAUCCUGGAAGUGGUAUGUUUUGUUUUACUUUAAUUUGCUAUGUUCUUGAUUACUAUCCUGGAAGUGGCAAGUAAAUGAAGUCCAAGUAUUGCUUGAUUCCAUUCGUUGGGAAGAAAUGUCAAAGAUUAUGAAGUGAGGUUAUUGCAGAGCUAAUGCAAUUUUUCAUUAUUGGCUGAUUUCCUAUAUUAAGUUCUUAAAGAUAAUAUAUUUAUUCUUUGACAUAAUGUUCUA